UAACACAAAAGUUUAGCCAACAAAUUCCCAACAAAAUACAACAAAAAUCAGCUCUUCACGCACACGCCUACAGAUCUGUUGACCCCAAAACCAAGCUCAACUUCCGCUCUCUCAGGAUACAUUUCCAACUUCCAAGUUCCAACAAAUUUCAGCAAUGGACGGUGGCGGACCGGGCCAGCCGGCGGACACUGAUAUGGAGGAUGCGGCUGCCGCUGCUGCUCCACCACCACCGUCUGACUCCCAACAGCACCACGCCCCUACCGGAGGCAUAGAUAAUAUUCCGGCCACUCUUAGCCAUGGAGGGAUAUUCAUACAAUAUAACAUUUUCGGUAACAUAUUUGAGGUUACUGCCAAGUAUAAGCCUCCUAUCAUGCCCAUCGGCAAAGGCGCCUACGGCAUUGUUUGCUCGGCUCUGAAUUCGGAGACCGGUGAGAAUGUGGCGAUAAAGAAAAUAGCAAAUGCUUUUGAUAAUAAAAUCGAUGCCAAGAGGACACUCCGUGAGAUCAAGUUGCUUCGUCAUAUGGAUCAUGAAAACGUUGUGGCAAUCAGGGAUAUAAUCCCCCCACCCCAAAGGGAAUCAUUUAAUGAUGUUUACAUAGCUUAUGAGCUAAUGGACACUGAUCUCCAUCAGAUCAUUCGUUCCAAUCAAGCACUAUCUGAGGAGCAUUGUCAGUAUUUCCUCUAUCAAAUUCUCCGAGGAUUGAAAUAUAUACAUUCUGCAAAUGUUCUCCACAGAGAUUUAAAACCAAGUAAUCUCCUUUUGAAUGCAAAUUGUGACUUGAAGAUAUGUGACUUUGGUCUGGCUCGCGUUACCUCAGAAACUGAUUUCAUGACAGAAUAUGUUGUUACAAGAUGGUACCGUGCACCGGAAUUGUUGUUGAAUUCUUCAGAUUACACUGCUGCUAUUGAUGUAUGGUCAGUAGGUUGUAUUUUCAUGGAGUUGAUGGAUCGGAAGCCCCUAUUUCCUGGUCGAGAUCAUGUGCAUCAGCUUCGUUUGCUUAUGGAGCUAAUUGGCACUCCAUCAGAGGCUGAGUUGGGGUUUUUGAAUGAAAAUGCAAAGAGAUACAUUAGGCAACUAAAUUUUUAUCCGCGUCAAUCUUUCACUGAGAAGUUUCCAAAUGUGCACCCAGCAGCUAUUGAUCUUGUUGAAAAGAUGUUGACAUUUGAUCCCAGACAGAGGAUUACAGUUGAAGAUGCACUAGCUCAUCCAUACCUAACAUCGCUCCAUGACAUCAGCGAUGAGCCCGUCUGCAUGACCCCCUUCAACUUUGAUUUUGAGCAGCAUGCAUUGACCGAAGAGCAGAUGAAGGAGCUGAUUUAUAGGGAGGCUCUUGCAUUUAACCCUGAGUAUCAGCACCACCAAUAAUAGCAGUAAGCACUAAUGAUUUCCAUUCAUUGUUGAUUCGAUCAGAAGUGUGUUUUUUGUUAAUUGCAUUUUUUUGUCACAGAUUUAUUUCUCCAUGUACAUAUGUUCCACCAAACUGGGUGGUUCUUGAAAUGGAGUAUUCCUUUACGGGCUGAACUCUUGAACAAGUAUAAUUGAAAUGGUAUACUAUGAAUCAGCCUGUCUUGCAUCAUAUUGGGGUGCUCCUUAUUGAUUCUCACUCUCACUCGCCCUUGCAAGUGUACAAGGGAGAAUUAUUAUGAGCUCCCCCUAUUAUAUCAAAAUUACUUACUUGGCUCUUAAA